UACACUAAACACAUGCAGAGCCCACAUUACACAACCGAACAAUUAAAUCCUGCAUGGAUGGGGCACGUUGUCAGUGUGCUCGCAGGAAGCUCUGCGGUUGGACGUCGUCAGUGGUUUGAGUUUGUACAGUCCGGAAAAAUCUUCUGCAAUAGAUUGAGGACCGGAACAGGAUUACAACACUUGCUCACCCCCCUCUCGCACUGUCCGAGAGUACGAACGCAACGCAAUAGCCAACAGGUCGAAUGCUUGACUAUGCCUUCCGGUGGCAAUAAAAAGCCACCCCACAACAAAGGAUCGGGUGGAGGCAAAGGAUCAAAAACCAAACACAACAACCAUCCGCUGAGUGCGACGGCUGCCGGCAGAAAUCCCGUCGGUAAAACCCACCAGCCGUCGCAGCAGAAGCAACAGCAGCGGGGCCAUGCGGUCGAUUUAGACGAGGAACCCAAUUCCGGCUUUGGUCAAUAUUUACGAUCGCCCGAAGCGGUCGGCAUGAUGAAACUGUUUGUGAUCGCCAACACCGUGAUGGUGUUUUUUACCAUGGCCUGGCCUCAGGUGCAGCAGUCCUUGCUGGUGCUAAAAUCGUUGGUCCUCGGUGACGACGAGGAAGAGUUGUAA